AUGUUUCCACUAAAUACGAAACAAUUUUCUGUUGCAUUCCUGGAUGUAAAGCGUAAUAGUCAAGGUUAUAACGAGGAGGUCAGCUCAGUCGACAGGGAUGCAACCAAGAAGCUACUGAGGCCCUUCCAUAUUCCCCAAAUCGGGCCUUCUUCUAUUCCACAAUGUCGUCAUCUUGGGACCGUGAUGUGGAAUUUCAUGUGGAAUUGUGCGAGAAGAGAAUGUUAUCCACCCGUUCAUCAUUUGGAAUCAAGAGAAGACUCACGAAUGGAAUCGCGAAGAGCACCUGAACAAUCAUGUUCUUCAGUUCUUCCGGAAUUUGAAUUACAUCGCGCAACUUCAAAACAUAAAGCACGAGAAGCAAACGAGCGACAGAGUGCGGAAAAUAUUGAACUUUCAAGACUAAAUAAAACAAAAUAUUUAAACAAGACCUCUUCUAAAAGAAGUACUGAUUCUUCUCGAAAUAAUGUUUGUUGUGAGGAAGCAGAACCACAGAACAGAGGUAUCCUCCAGCAAUCUAGCUGUGAAGAAGCAAAUGUUUCCGAUGAGACUUUUGUUAAUAGCAAAUUAAGUAAAUCGAUAAGAGCAUCCCACUGGGAUAGUGACAUGAAAUCUUCAGAGUCUGAACAUUGUAUUGUCUCAGAUUAUUUUGACAGAGAAUCAAAGUUAAGUCCAACUUGCAAUGCACUAAGUGAGUUGGAAACCAAGGCGGAUGUUAAUGGUACAUAUGGCAGAGAAAGUUUGCAAAGCGAUUUGGUCUGCAAUGGUGAUUGGUGGCUAAACAGUGAAAAUAUUUCAAACCCCAAGGAUUCGACUGCACCUCUCAUUUCUUGUGCAUGUAGCAUUGAGGAGGGUGAUUUUGUUGGCAAAAAGAAAUUUUUAGAGAGAUUGCUUGAGACAGAGCUGCAAAUAAAGCCUUUGACUCCAGUUAAGGAUGGCAAAGGCUAG